UUCAGUUUAAUUUUUCUCCCAAUUGGAGCUUUUCACUUUUACGCUGCAACUUCUCUCUCUUUCUCUCUCCUCCAUUGAAGCAUACUCUUCACUUCUCCAUUGAAGCGCACUUCCAAGCUUUCUCUCUCCUCCAUUGAAGCCAUCUUCUAAGUUUUAGGGUUAGGUUGAUUCUCAGAUCCGAAGUCAACAAGAGAAUCGCUUCAGAACUAACUGUAUACCUGAAGUUUGCUUGUUUCCGGGUUAUCGGACUCCUCAGAUCCAAUUUCAGCGAAAGCCGGGUUCUUUUAAGGUUUAUGAAUGUAUGUGAGAAAUGGGAUCCCGUGGGAGGCCAUUAUUUGAUCUUAAUGAAACCCCCGCGGAAGUUGAUGAAGAGAUUGAUGUUUCACCUGGUGUCCAGCCUCAAAAAGUUCUCCCCUCUCUAAAUUCUUGCACUUCUGAUCUUCUUGUGUCAUCAGUUGCCCCACCCAGCAUUGUAAAUAACAAUGCCUUUUCUCACGCUUCUUCUGUUUCUGGUUUUCAACCUUUUGUUAGAAUAAAAGAGUCCAGAUUAGAUAGAAUUGAUGAUCAGAAAAGGGCUGGAGAUAUGGAUUUUAACACAGCCUCAUUGCCCGAAGUAGGUGAAAAUAGUGAUAGGAAAGAGGUGACAAUGGUAAAUUUAGGCAAUAAAAAUUCUCAAGCUAUCGAAAAAGAAGAAGGAGAAUGGUCUGACGGGGAAUUUACUGAGCCCCUUUUAAGCCAAAGUGUGUCAGAAAAAUCAUCUCCCAGCAGCAACAAAGACUUAAAUGAGCAAGGAGUUGCUGGUGUAGCAGUAAAUAAAUCUUCUUCUGGGAAGUCCUUGAAGCGAAAUUCCCGUGAUUCUAGUCCUGCUGAUUCCAAGAAAAGUCAUCAUGAUUAUUCUUCAGCUAGAUCGGAUGCUUUAGCAAAUGAUAUUGCAGGUGGCACCAGCCAGAAUUUGAAUGGAAAUGUUGAACUUAAUUCUUCCAUGGAUAUUCAGGGAGAUUUAGAGCCUGUCCCUAAACAAAAGGAAGUAAAAGGAGUUGAAGCGAUUCAUGCUUUGAAAUGUGCUAAUAGUCUAGGUAAACACAAGCUUGAUGAGCAUAAAGAAGCAAUGCUGGGCAAAAAGCGGAGCCGGAAAACAAUGUUUCUAAAUAUAGAAGAUGCUAAGCAAGCUGGUGCAGUAAAGUCUUCAACUCCUAAAAGGCAGACUGUUCCAAUACCUAUUGGCACUCGUCCGGUCAAGGGAACCCGAAGUUUACGGUUAUCUGCAGAGCGUAAUGGAGAAAAGCAGAAUGAGCAGGCAACUAAGGAUCAAAAUCAGGUUGAUUUUCCGUGCAAUGAAGAACGUAGUUCCAUGGAACCUAUUGAUCGUAAAUCUGAAUCCAACAGUGAUUUGAAUGCAGAGCUUCUAGCUAGGCCUAGAAGAUUAAAUAGUUCAAAUGAUCUCUCAGCAGAGGGAAACAGUAAGCCUAAUUUGUGGAAACAACCUACUGAUUCAAGGCAGUCUAAGGAUCCACAGACCCAAUCAAGGAAGCUAGCUUCAAGUAGCCAUGGCUCAAGCUCAGUUGAUGUAAAACUGUUAAACAAAAAAAAUCCUCCUAAGAGGCAACUUGUGACCAAUAACCAAUAUCAAGAUACUUCAGUGGAGCGUCUUUUGCGAGAAGUGACUAGUGAAAAGUUUUGGCAUAAUCCAGAGGAAUCUGAACUUCAAUGUGUCCCUGGUCGGUUUGAAUCAGUAGAAGAUUAUAUUAGGGUUUUUGAGCCUUUGCUUUUUGAGGAGUGUCGAGCGCAGCUAUACAGCACAUGGGAGGAGUUAACUGAAACAUCUUCGAGAGAUGCGCAUGUGAUGGUCCGUGUGAAAUCUAUCGAAAGGCGUGAAAGAGGAUGGUAUGAUGUGGUGGUUCUACCUGCAAAUGAGACCAAAUGGACUUUUAAGGAGGGUGAUGUUGCAGUUCUUUCUUCUCCAAGGCCUGGUUCAGCCAGAUCUAGGAGAAAUGGUAAUUCAUCUGCUGAAGAACACGAAGAGCCUGAAGGGAGUGCACGUACUGUGGGUACAGUCAGAAGACACAUUCCUCUUGACAUUCGCGAUCCUCAGGGUGCAAUACUUCAUUUUUUUGUUGGGGAUUCUUAUGAUUCAAAUAGCACUGAUAAUGAUCAUGUAGUGAAAAAACUUCAGCCUAGAAGCAUCUGGUUCUUAAGUGUACUUGGCUCCCUUGCAACAACACAACGGGAGUAUGUUGCACUGCACGCCUUUCGCCGCCUAAAUGUUCAGAUGCAAAAUGCAAUACUAAAGCCAAGUGCUGAACAAUUCCCCAAAUACGAAGAACAAACUCCUGCAAUUCCUGAAUGCUUCACUCCAAAUUUUGUUGAUCAUCUUCAUAGGACUUUUAAUGCUCCUCAGCUAUCAGCAAUUCAGUGGGCUGCAAUGCACACAGCGGCUGGUACUAGUAAUGGGUUGACAAAAAGACAAGAGCCAUGGCCAUUUACUUUAGUUCAAGGUCCUCCUGGAACUGGAAAGACACAUACAGUGUGGGGAAUGCUGAAUGUGAUUCAUCUGGUUCAAUAUCAACAUUAUUAUACAGCUUUGCUGAAAAAAUUGGCACCUGAAAGCUAUAAGCAAAAUAAUGACAGAAAUGCUGACAAUAGUUCUUCGGGAUCUAUUGAUGAAGUUUUGCGAAGCAUGGAUGAGAAUCUUUUUCGCACUUUACCAAAACUUUGUCCAAAACCUAGAAUGCUGGUAUGUGCUCCAUCUAAUGCUGCUACAGAUGAAUUGCUUGCACGUGUUCUUGAUCGUGGAUUCAUAGACGGAGAGAUGAAGGUUUAUAGACCAGAUGUAGCACGUGUUGGUGUUGAUACACAGUCACGAGCAGCACAAGCUGUCUCUGUCGAACGUAGAACUGAGCAGCUUUUGAUCAAAACUCGUGAUGAAAUCUUUGGAUGGUUACAGCAGCUGAGAGGCCGUGAAGCUCAUUUGUCUCGCCAGAUGACUACUCUUCAGGUUCAACUGAAUUCAGCUGCAGCUGCUGGCCGUUCCCAAGGUUCUGUUGGAGUAGAUCCUGAUGUUCUUAUGGCUCGGGACCAGAAUCGUGAUGCUUUAUUGCAAAAUCUUGCUGCAGUAGUUGAAGAAAGGGAUAAAGUCCUGGUUGAAAUGUCUCGUCUUCUCAUUUUAGAAGGGAAAUUUCGUCCCGGCAGCGGUUUUAAUUUGGAGGAAGCUCGUGCCAGUCUAGAAACGAGUUUUGCUAAUGAGGCUGAGGUUGUGUUCACUACACUCUCAAGUAGUGGUCGCAAGUUAUUUUCACGUCUUACUCAUGGCUUUGAUAUGGUUGUGAUUGAUGAAGCAGCACAGGCCAGUGAAGUGGGUAUCCUUCCUCCUCUUGCUCUUGGAGCAGCCCGUUGUGUUCUUGUAGGUGAUCCUCAGCAGCUUCCUGCUACGGUCAUUAGCAAGGCAGCUGGAACUUUACUGUAUAGCAGAAGUCUUUUUGAGAGAUUUCAGCAGGCUGGCUGUCCAACGAUGCUAUUAUCUGUGCAGUAUAGAAUGCAUCCUCAAAUCAGGGACUUUCCUUCAAGGUACUUUUAUCAGGGGCGGCUUACAGACAGUGAAAGUGUUGCUAGCCAGCCUGAUGAGAAAUACUACCAAGAUCCUUUACUUAGACCAUAUGUGUUUUUUGAUAUCACUCAUGGUCGUGAGUCACACAGAGGUGGAUCAGUUUCAUAUCAGAAUGUACAUGAAGCUCAAUUCUGUCUUCGUAUGUAUGAGCAUCUUCAUAAAACAGCAAAAUCAUUGGGAUUGGGUAAAGUCACUGUGGGUAUAAUAACACCGUAUAAGCUGCAGUUAAAAUGUCUGCAACGUGAGUUUGAGGAUGUCCUCAAUUCCGAGGAAGGAAGAGAUCUGUACAUAAAUACUGUGGAUGCUUUUCAGGGGCAAGAACGUGAUGUCAUUAUUAUGUCUUGUGUUCGUGCCUCUAAUCAUGGAGUUGGUUUUGUUGCUGAUAUUCGUCGAAUGAAUGUUGCACUUACUCGAGCACGAAGAGCUCUUUGGGUCAUGGGGAAUGCUAAUGCUCUGAUGCAAUCUGAUGACUGGGGAGCCUUGAUUACAGAUGCAAAAGCUCGAAAUUGUUACAUGGAUAUGGAUUCACUUCCAAAAGAAUUUUUGAUAACCAAAGGACCUCCUUACAACUCUUUUUCUAGUAAAUUUUCCUCUGGUGCUAGGACCUCACGCCCAGGUGGUCCACGACCUAGGUUGUAUGAUGUGCACGCAGAGUCCAAGGCCGGGCCGGUUUUAGAUGAAGAAAAACCAAAGCAUUUCUCUAAUCGCAAGGACUAAGAACCUCUAAUCACUGGUGACAUUGAUCAGGAUUUCCUCAAGGACAUUUUUUAACCAGGAGGUCCCGGUUUUUUGGCAUUUAGAAGAAGCAGCCAUGCUGGGGAUUAAGUGGAAGCACUUGACUGGUCGUCAAGCCGUUGAAAAAGUCUGUGCUGUCAGAAAUAGUUGCUACUGAUUUGACUACAUCUUUUUCGUGUACGGAACUUUCUGAAAAGAAUCAAAUCAGCUGAAAGAUACUGAUUCGUCUCUUGGCAUUGUGAAUUUUUAGUGGCUCUUUGCCAACAUUGAUGGCUCAGUGCGUUACUUGGCCAUGAAGUUUUGCUGCAUGGAAAGCACUUUGCUUCAGCACAAGUCGUGCAUGCUUUGGUUGAAUCUCUCCAAUUACUUCAACAUGAUUGAUUGGUAAUGAGGGACUUCAGAGGAGACACGGUUGUCUCGUUUUCUGGAGUAACUAUUGGCAAGUAUAGAGAGCUAUGAUUUUGUUGGCUAGCUGCUGAUGCUAUACCUCAAUGGAAUUUAGCGGCUUGAUGACUUUGUACUCGUGCCGAGGCUGGUGACUUCAAUGAUCUGUGCUGCUGGCCUGCUGCUAUACAGAGCUACUUGCAAUUGCCAUUUGAGGAUGCUAUGCAUAUAUUUGGAACGUGCAUGAGCAUUAUGAUCGUUUGUCUAAUCUCAGUUAUAGCAGGAAACUACCUUUUAUUCAUAUUUUUUGCAUUUAUUAAAAGAAAUUUAUAGAAAAAGUACAUGAUUUGUACAAGAAAAUUCUACUAGUCAACAGGCAAAAAGUAUGCUUGUGGAACAAUUUUGUACAUACACAAUUCAGCAAUAGAUGAAGAAUUCUUUCUUUUGCAGGUCUG